AUGUUAGCUAAUAGCCCUAACAAUAGACCCCGGGGCGUUUUUACAUCUACAGCCAAUGGAUCACAAGUACUACCUCCCAGUGUACCACAGGUUCCCAAAAAUGAUGAAAAGACGCUUACCAAUAUAUGUUUUAACAUGUGCCGCAAGGAAAGUUACCAUCCCAACAAGGGUUUUAAGCAGCUCGUCCGAAAGCUCAAGCAAAAUGCCACUGUGGAAGUGAACAAAGAAGAUAUCACCCUUGAUCGAUUGCUUCCUCACGACAUCGUGGUAUUUGCAGCUCCGCAGCAAGUUUACAGCGCGGAAGAUUUGUCAGUUAUUAAGGACUACGUUGAGAAGGGUGGCUCUGCUUGUUUGAUGUUUGGUGAUGGCCACGGCGGGAGGUACUCUUGUCUGAACCGAUCGUUGAUGGAUUGGACUGGCAUCCGGCUCAACGAUGACUGCGUUGUUCGAACCGUCCAACACAAAUACUUACAUCCCAAGGAGGUUUGUGUCACAAACGGUGUGGUUAAUCGUGCGCUCAACAAAGCGGCGGGGAAAAAUGUCCACGGAGCAUCAGGUGGGUACAACUCGGGCUUUGGUACAAACAACAAUAAUUUCGGUCCCACUAAAGCUAAUGGUACGGCUUCCUUGGGGUUUGGAAAAGGCACCUUUACUACGCUUAGUCGUACCACGAACACUAGCAAGAUUGAUGUUGGACAUAAUAUGUUGGGUGUGGCAGAACCAACUUCUCAAGCAGAUGAUACCGCCGCACAGAUUGCCGCUGACACACUGACAAGCUUAAUUUUUGUGUAUCCCUACGGUCUUACAUUUGAAGUGAACCGACCGGGUGUUCCGAUCCUUAGCAGUGGCUUCAUGUCUUACCCUCUUAACCAACCUAUAGCCGCGGUAUGGGAGUGUCCACAUGUUGCGGAGCAUCUGGGCCGCCAGAAGCAGGGUAAGCUGCUGCUCAUUGGAAGUGCACAGGUGUUUGAAGACAACUGGCUUGUUAAAGAGGAGAACGACAUCCUCGCAACGGUUCUUUUUGAUUAUCUGAACCACCGCAUUCGUCUUAAUCAAAUUGAUGCGGAUGAACCGGAUAUCACAGAUUACCAUCACCUCCCAGAUACUGCUUCUCUCUCAGAUCGCUUGCGUGUGGCUGUGGAGCAGCAGGAAGAACUUCCCCGUGAUUUCACUAAAUUAUUUGACCUAAAUACUUUUAAGUUAGACACGGAUAAGAUUCCAAAUGUGGUAGAGACCUACGAAAAACUUAACUUGAAAUUAGAGCCUCUGACAUUAAUCCCGCCAGAGUUUCAGACACCACUGCCGCCCGUAAAACCAGCGGUCUUUGAACCGAUACACCGUGACCCGAUGAUUCCCGCACUCGAUUUAUUCGAUCUUGAUGAGGAGUUUGCACCGGAGCGUGUGCAGCUGGCUCAGUUGACGAACAAGUGCAAACCGGAGAGUCUGAGCUACUACAUUCUAAGUGCCUCUGAGAUUUUAGGGGUUACAAAGAAGCUUCGCAGUCCACGUAAUCGAGACCCCCGUGCACUUCUUGAUUAUGUAUUCAGACAAGUGGUGGAGUACAAAAAGACAAACGCGCAUUCAAACUUUAAGGAUAGUGUCUCAGAAGUUAGUUCUUCCGCGUUAAAGAGCACCAGUCAUGUGAUGACAGUGGACGGUGGGAAGGACAGUACAGAUGCUUCUGCUGUGACGCGUGUAAUGCGAGUUGAAUGUGAUUCUAAUAAAAAUAUCACCUUCAACCCUGCACCCUUUGUCGAAAAUCCUCGCUGGACGUUGCUUCUGGAAGUCAACAUUCCCAACAACAGCAUAAGCGGUAGCAUGAAGCUAUUUGAGGAUUCACCACGCUUCGUUGCACAAGAGGCUCGAGUGGUAGGGGAAAUACAUUCUUCAGGGGAUCAGGAGUAUCCAAUGGAAUGGGGUAUAGCGUUGGAGUCACCAGAAGGGGAAGUCAUCUUUUAUACCUUCUAUGCUAAAAUACAGGGCAACCAGUUGCGUGGCGAAUGUGGGAUCGGAAAUGGUACUGCUCAAAAUAUGCAAGAUUUUAUUUAUAUUAUUGAGGAUUUGUGA